AUGGGGCCAGUCGUAGAUAGUAAUGAGGCUAUGCAUUGCGAGACUUUCAACAAUCCUUCAUACUGCCAUCAGCAUCCUCAGAAGAUUGGUAAUCUUGCCUCAGAUGAAUCUCGGAAACCAAUCAGAAUAGUGUAUCAGAGGUGCAAAGCGGAAGCCUUAGUUUCAGCCAAAGAGGACCCUUGGAAGAAGAUAAUCAGAGAAACUUUUGAGAAGGAUGGGAUAAAGAAAGAAAGAGAGAACAAAGCGUCAUCAAAUGUAGUAACUCCAGCUAAGGGGUUGCGUAACAAUCAGGCAAAUGACUACGAUGAUGUGUAUUUUAAUGAGGAGACAACUAAGUCAACCCUUGAACAUCGAUUGAAUAUCGAAACGCGACAGAAAUAUCCACACAGACUAAAUCAGGUCGUUACGUGGUGGCAAUGGGGCGGACCAUUCGAAGAAAUGCGCCUACUGACCAAAACCAUCUUUGUCAAUGAAGCACUUAGAUCUUGGAUACGCGAUAACCUCAAAGACUUAAAACCGGAGUUUUUUUACAAAGAAUUUGCCUACUCUCACAACUCACGGAAACAAGCCGAAGAAAAAUUACACGAGUUACUUACAGAAAUCACGAAAGAGAACAAUAGCGUUAAUCGGAAGAGGGCGAAGUCUCUGCUAGAUAAUUUUGAGCCGUGGACGCAGUCAAUUAACUGUGAGAGGUAUUGGUUGGAUGUGGAAGCCUCACUCGGCAGGUCGGCACACGAAGUGGUUGGACGGAUUUCGGCGUACAAUACAAUUAAACACUUCACCAGAAAAAUCAACAGUGAAGAGGAAGAUCUAAAUGAAUUUCAACCGCCAUCGAAAAAAGUCAAGAAUGAUGAACCCAAACAACCACAAACGCCAGAGAACAAGAUAAUCACAGAUCCCGAAAAUAAUCCGCUUUUUGCAAGGUCAAACUAUGAACCAUCCAGUGAUGGAAGCUGGCGUCCUGAAUGUGAAGAUGAAGAGUAUGAAGGAGCUGAAGAGUAUGAAAAAAACCAAGAAUCAAAACCAAAGUUGUUUUGGUUCGUGGGCCCAGGAGAGAUAAACAUAAAGGGUAAAAUUCACAAUAAGUGGAUACUAGAUGAGAUCAAUAUAUCGGACAUCUUCUUCCAAUUCCGUCAGUCAGCAAUCACAAAGGCAAUAGAUGGAAGCAUUGAAGGGAUGAGUGAGAUAUUAGCUCUUAAUCAUAUUUUUUUGAUUCAAGACUCGGAGAGUGGUCGAAUUAUUGACAAACAGCUUUGGGAUAGAGUUAUCCAGCAGGUCUAUCAAGAAUAUCCACCACCUGAUCCACCAGAAGAUUGGUUGUCUAAAUGCAAUGAAGUGUCAAAAAUGGCUCGAAAAGACUUCAAGAACAGCAAGUCAUUGUUAAAAAAUUGGUACAAAUCGAGUAACAAGGAAUCUGAUGAUAUAAUUUUUGAUGUAUUCCAUAACAUACUCAGCUUAUACACACCCUCAGGAUCAGCGGAAAAUCUCCAUGAAGAUUCAUUUGCCCACAAAGUACUAUCGCCUGUCAUAUCCCCUUUUUUUAAGGAUUCGCUUGAAAUUUCAUCAGUUUGGGCAAAUGAAAUUCUAGAUUCAUCUGCACAUCGAAAGAAGAGGUUUGAUCCUUCAUUAGAAGGAAGGAAACCUGAUUUUGAAUUGCAUAUCUCCAUGAAUCAAAGAAAAGAGAAUUUGCUUGUACUUGAAAUAAAGCCUACAAACCAUGCACGACCAAAUAAGGAUACAUUGAAUGACCUUGUAAAGCUCGCUAAUGAGCUAAAAGAUUGCAUUGACAAAAUCAUUAAUGAUGGUAUCAGUGAUAAUGUGACUGUUUGUGGAAUAUUAGUUGAAGGUUGCAAAUGUACUUUCUACAUUAUGGAUCUUCAAUAUGAUGCGUUAUAUCGAAUGAUCCAACUGGGUGUCUUCUACUUGCCUAGAGAUAGGCAUGAUUUUUGUGUUAUUAAUAACGCUUUGGAAGUGCUCCUUCAUGCACAAGAUAUCGUUAAACAAUCAGCCACAUAUUGUCUUGCUCACCUUCGUGGGCAACAUUCUUCCUCCUCCCAGACAUCACUUAAUCGUAAACUAAUGCAAAGGAAAUCAUUUCAUACGCCUAUGAAGGUUCCUCCUCAAAGUUGGGAAGUUUUAAGGCAUCUAGAAGACCAGUGCAAGUCACCCUCUGUACGAGAACAGAGAAAAAAACAAGUUAGCUCGUCCAUGUUUUCAGGCGUCUCAUACGUUGAUCGCCACCAGCCGGAUGAGGAAUAA